AUGUCAUCCCCAAUGACAAUGCAAAAUUGGGUCAUUGGGAUUCUGAGAGGGGACAACGCAAGUUGGCUGAAAAGUUAUGUUCAGUCCAAAUUUUUUACGCAGGCUGGCGAAGCCAACAAGGAAAAUACCGGUUUCGAUGUGAAUAGACUCGUUGAGAUAUUCUUCCUAAUCCAUGCGGGGGCUAAAUAUAUGCCGUCCCUGGUGAGAAUCAUCAAAGACUCUGUUUCGAGCGGGGUCGAGAUACACACCUCGAACAUUGAGCUUCUGAAAUCCCUGGACACUCUGAUAUCACAACAGCCAGAGUCUCUGUGCACAUCAUGGCUGCCUUCCGGAACUGAGAAGGAGUCGUACACUUCCGGUCUUCCGAAGGAUUUCCAAUAUCAAACUCAGAAAUACACUCGGCGUUUCUUCUGGUACCAUAACGUCCUGUUCAUGAUGGAGUCAUCCCCAGAGGCCAGGAGCGUAGUAUCUAAUUCCAGGCCCUACAACAACCAGUGGGGCGAACAAGACGACGAAGACAAUGACCAAAAUCCGUAUGGCACGGUUACAGUCCGAUGUUUCGGAAACAGUGCUCAACCGGUCCGCGAUUUGAUCACAGUGCUCGAAAAGAACAGCAAGAAAGAAACGUCAAUCACAGUUCACGAGCAUAAAGCGGGAGGCCAAACAAAGUCGUUCGAAGUCCGUCAAAGGCCGCUCUCGACUGUAGAUCUGGACCCAGAUUUACUGUCCGAGAUCAAACAGGAUGCCGAGUCGUUUUUUCACGAAAGCACACAAGACUUUUGCGAAGCGACUGGCCUUCCGAACCGUCGAGGGUACCUAUUUUGCGGUCCGCCAGGAACAGGCAAGACAACGUUGAGUCGUGCACUGGCUAGUGAUCUCAACCAUCCGUUACAUAUUAUGUCGCUCGCCGGAAUGAAUGAUGAGGACCUUGAACAAGCUUUUCAAUCAGUCCCUACGAGUAGCAUUAUACUUUGCGAGGAGCUUGACCUGGUUGGCUUGCCGAACAGGGCUCAGAAGGACACUACCACGCCGAAGAUUAUCUUAACGGAAGCGGAGUUGCAAGAGCGAAUAGACUCAGAAGUCAACAAGGCGCAGAAACAGUGGCAGAAGAACCAUGUCACUCCUGCUCCGCCUCCAGGCCACUCAUGGGCAGACGUCGUCCGUGAUCCCAAUCUCAACGAACCUUCCCUCCCCACAUCAGUACUCCCUCCCGCUCCCCGGUCACCGAAGAAGAUCACACUGGGCGGCUUGCUCAAUGUUAUAGACGGUGUGCUUGCACCUGAGGGCAGUCUCCUUAUCCUUACGACAAAUUCUCCUAAGUCUCUGGAUCCCGCACUGUACCGGGAAGGCCGAGUAGACCGCAUCUUCGAGAUCAAUUAUGCGUCGAAGACAACGGCCGAGCUGACAUUCAAGCGCCUUUUUGGAUUUGGAGAUCAGACAAGGCGUUUCACGUUGGAAGCGGUCAAUAGAAUGGCCAUCGCUUUCCGAGACCAAUUUCCCACGAACAGUACCAUCAGCACGGCUCAGCUUACAGGAUACUGCGGGAAGUAUCGUGGAUGUCCUGAUGUCGCUGUCCUCAAGUUCCCGGAAUGGAUACGGCGCCUUAAAACAGGCGAAGAACAAUUCUCCUACGAUAUCAACGACGUUGUUGACGAAAGCGCCAGCGCAGGCCCGAUCAACAUGCCAGAAAUAUACGAUAAGGCUCUGCUCGAACUUCGCCCGAGUGACUACGAAAAGCCUCGAACGGAUAGCCGGCUAUUCAGUCCCAAACGCACGGAAGUCACGGAACGGGUCGGAAAUCAGCUUGCCUUGCGGCAGGAUCAGCCGCCUAGAUCGAAAAAGUUUCACUACAUGCCGUCUUUGCAAUGGUUCAGUCUGGGUCAUAUCGAGAGUUUGCCCUGGCUUUCCGACCCAGCUUCUCAUGCUGAACCAGUGAAGGCUCUCACUGACGGCGCAGUCGAGGACGACCUUGCAGAGGAUAUUUCUGGAAGACUUCUACUUGAACAGCUCCCAUUUCUCGAGCGUUAA